GCGACACUCUGUAUGAAUCGGCCGAUUUGCCAAGAAACUCUUGGCAAAGAAGCUACUAAGGGCCAUGUUAGAAGUCGACAGUCAGCAGCAGAACGAAUCUUAUCAGCGCCUCCGUACUCUGGUUGAAGCUGAGAGAUCAUAUCAUCGUAAUGCUCUUGAUAUCCUCGAUCAGUUACAUUCCAAGAUGGUUGCUGAGGAAGAAGCUACAGAAUCAUCACCAAAGUCACUACCUCUAUAUUUAGAGGAUGCUGUAUCUCAUCCCCAAGAAGAAACCAAUUCCAACCACAGGGGAGAGAUCAAAUCUAUUCACAUAGAGGACACCGAGUGUAGUCACCAAGAAGUAACCAAACUCAAUUCCAAGAACGAAACCAAGUCUUCUAGUCCACAAGAAGAGUACAUCUUCCCUUUAAACAAUUCAAAACAGAGAAAGUCCUCGAUCCAACAAUCUUGUUGGUGUUUAAUAAAACAAAGAUCAGGUGGCUGGGACAGGCUGGUCGGAAGGAGAAUACAAGGGCAAAGCAGUCUGCAUACGUGGAGAAACAAGGGAAAGCUCCUGCAAGCAAAAUAG